AUGCCACCUAAGAAGAAGCAGCAGCAGCCUGCUAAGAAGAAGGACAAUGUCGACAAGACGUUUGGUAUGAAGAACAAGAACCGUUCCACCAAGGUUCAGCGGUUUAUCAAGCAGGUCCAGGCGCAGGCUGAUCCUGCGAAGGAGGAGAUGAAGCGUAAGAAGCUGGAGGAGAAGAAGAUGAGGGAGGCUGCUGAGGCGGAGCGGAGGGCGCUAUUUGGUAAUGUUGCUGAUCAGAGGAUACGUGCGGGCGUGGAUCCAAAGACCGUUGUUUGUGCGUUGUUCAAGAUGGGUAAUUGUAAUAAAGGUGCCAAGUGUAAGUUCUCGCACGAUCUUAACGUCGGCAGGAAAGUCGAGAAGAAGGACUUGUACCAGGACACCAGAGAUGAGAAGGAGAAGGAUACAAUGGAUGACUGGGAUGAAGAGAAGCUGAGGAAAGUUAUUUUGUCGAAGCACGGUAACCCUCGUACCACGACUGAUAAAGUCUGUAAAUACUUUAUUGAAGCCGUCGAAAACGGUAAGUACGGUUGGUUCUGGGUGUGUCCGAACGGUGGUGACAAGUGUAUGUAUAAGCACUCCCUGCCAGAAGGUUUUGUAUUGAAGACCAAGGAACAGAGAAGACUGGAGAGAGAAGCGCUGGAGAACCAACCAAAGAUUACAUUGGAAGAGUUUAUUGAAACCGAAAGAGAACGCCUGGAUAAGUCUAAAUUGACUCCAAUCACAAUGCAGAAUUUUGCCGAAUGGAAGAAGAAGCACGUUAUAGAGAGACUGAACGCCAUGAAGGAAGAGAACAGUAAGAAGAAACCCUCUGGUCGUGAAGUAGUCCAAAAGCUUCUUGCAGACAACAAAUCCUUCGACGACUCCUCUGUUGCGGAAACCGCCGGUACAGAAGGCACAGCAUGGGAUCUUACUGAAUUCACAGAGGCUCUCAGAAAAGCUGACCAUGCAGAUGAUGCCAACAUUAAGGAUUACGGUGAUGGUAGCAACCCAACUUUUGAGAUAACCAAAAAAAUUGAAGCAUAG